UUUGUGUUUCUCAACGCUCAGGAACUCUCUUGCAAAAGCGUACACGUCAGCAACUUCGCACACACAUUUCCUCUACAGCUGCAAAGUAAAGGUUUUUGAGGAGAGAAAGUCAGAGAGAGAGAGAGAGAGAGAUGUGAGAAUUGGGAUGGUGGUGAGUGGUGACUUUGAUGAUGGUUGGAAGAGCAGAGGAGAGAAAAUGGAGACAGCCCAAACUUUUCUUCAAUACAAAGCUCUCUCAAUGGACCCCAUCAAAAUCAAUCCAAACCCAACUGUCACGUAUUCUUAUAAUCUCCCACCCAACACCAACAGCAUUGUAAAGUUUUUGUCUUUCACUUUCUCACCAUCACUUCCUUCUCUCCCUCCACUUUCCUCGGUCUUUAAUGGCUGCCCAUUUGAGAAUUCUGCUUAAAAAAUAGUGGGUCGGUGCUAGAUAAGCAUUUGGACCUCUCUUUUUGGCUGUCAAAAAAGAUGCCCACUUGGAAGAAGUCUUUAUUUUUCACCGUGUGUUUGGUACAAUUUGCCUGAAUUUGGUCUGGGUUUUGUGAACACCUGUGAUAUUUUUUGUUUUGGAGGUUCUGGGUGCUUGAAGCUUUGCCAUUGAAGAGAACUUUGCACCCAAAAAAAAAAAAAAAAAAAAAAAACCUUUUGCUCGUGUGAAUAGCUAUGUUAGAAUUUAGCAGAGCUUAUUUUGGGUGUUUCAAAAGGGUCGUUUUCAAUGGUCUUUGAUGCUGCAUUGUACUGUGCUGAAUUUUUCAUGCUUUGUUGUGUCAAGCAUUGACCUUUUGAGAGAGGAUUUUGAAUAUAAAAAAAACCAAACGCAUGCGUGGAUUAUCUGAAUUAUCAAUUCCAUUGUGCACAACUCAUGAAUUCUGGAUCGAAUUUUUGUAAAGAAUAUUUGGGUUUAUCAAGCUUUUGUGUAUCUGAAGCUUCUGAUCAAUUUUCGACAUCAUUGCUUAGUUUUGUUCAUAUAAGUUUGAGGGUGGAUUUUUUACCUUUGACCCAUUUGUGAUCAUGGGAAUUGAGGAGGUAUAAUUGCCUUGAUUAGUCUUUUCUUUGAAGUGAAUACCAAAUUGCAAGUGCUUUGAGCCUUUUGUGGAGAAUGAGAGGUGCUGGUUAAGGCUUUUAUGAAUGAAAAAAGAAGGCUUUGAUACCUUGCCAUCCACAGAAAGUUUAGUAUCUUGAGCUUCACUCUGUUAGAAAACUUGAGGGGUUGAAAUUGGAAUUUAUUGGUAUAUGCAAUAGACUUAUCCAGCUGCAUUUCUAUCUUCGCCAUAUCGAAUUCAAGGGUCUGAAGUUGAGCCAGGCCAGGAACAGAUUUUGGAUAUAGAAAGCCAAAUAAAGUUAAACAUUCACCCAUUAGUUAUGGCAAAGAAGUCCCAGAAACGCUCUGUGCGAUUUGAAAAAGAUCAAUUAGGCUGCAUGUCGGGUUUUAUCAGUAUAUUUGACUUCCGGCACGGUCGCCCCACCUGGAAGCUGAUUUCUGAUAGGAGGCAUGGAAGUAAGCAUGUUGUUGGUACUGGACUUUCAAGGAAUCAGUUUGAGAUGUUGAGUAAUUUGGAUAAAAACUUCCAAGGCACCCUUGACGGUGAUGUGAGCACAACAGCAAUAGUGACAGCCGAUGCUUGUAAGCCUAGUGUGAAGAAACUCAUGGAAGAAGAAAUGUCCAUUGAGCAAGACACAAAAAAGGAGAUAAGCAAUGAUGAAGCAGAAACUAAACAGUCUGACUCAAGCCAGAUCAGAAAGGACCACAAGAAACCAAAGAAGACUCGCAAGAAAAGCCGUGACAUGGACACCCAUAAUUUGAAUGCUUCUGAGAACUUGGAAUCUGUAUGCUCUUGCAAUCAGAAUCCAGAGCAGAAAACUAGAAGUAAUUUUGGCAUAGAUGAGAUAAGGGAAGAGGUACGUUGCCAGAUCCAUCAGAAAUAUAUUAAUUGUGCAAAUCAUGAUGUGAAUGGUGAAGCUCCUGCAAAAUCGAACUACAAGCACUCUGAUUUUGAAGAGUUAUGUGUGGCAAUCAAGGAGUUCAUGAAUCAGAAGUUUACUGAUGGGAAACAUCUCACAGAAGAUCAGAAAAUCCACCACUUCAGAGAACUAAUGGAUGCACUUGAGGUCUUAAGUUCAGAUGAAGAAUUGUUUCUGAAACUUUUGCGAGAUCCAAACUCACUGUUGGCAAAAUAUGUCCAAAACUUGCAGGAUGCUCAGAUAGAGAAAGACGAAGAAUCCCAGUCCUUUGCAGAGUCUAAGUUGUCAGAACAGAAGCUUGGCGAUUUAAAGCAACCUGAGGAGCUUGUCAUCCGUAAACAUCGUUACUUUUUCAGGAGAAAGAUCAAGCAUCAGGAAAGAAACCCAACAAAGGCAAAUGAGAAUUCUGAAGCUUCAAAGAGAAUUGUCAUUCUGAAGCCUGGGCCUCCAGGCUUACGAAACUCUGAAACUGAAAAUAGCCCAUCCCCAGAAUCCCAUUACAUUGCAAGGAAUAAAGGGACAACUGAAAGAGUUGGUUCCCACUUUUUUCUCUCUGAAAUAAAAAGGAAAUUUAAGAAUGCUAUGGGAAAGCAACAGCAUGGGGCAUCUACUGUUGGAAUUUCAAACAGAUUGCCCUAUAAACGUCAGAGUUUGGAAGAUAGUGACAGAGGAGUUGGUAAAGAAAAAGCUGGAAGUUCUCCUGGUAAAGAGCACUUCUACAUGGAAAGAAUUGCUAAACCUUCCAGUGGUAUCAAGAGGGUAGACAAGACUGGCAAAGUGAAAGAAUCUGAAAUAAGUUUGGAGCAUGAAAAUCAUGGUAUUCUGGAUCAAAGGGUAUCUAACAUCUACAUUGAAGCCAAAAAGCAUCUCUCUGAGAUGCUGAGCAAUGGAGAUGAAGUUGUAGAUAUUUCGAGACGACAGUUUCCUAAAACCUUGGGAAGGAUUCUCUCCCUCCCCGAUUACAACAUUUCUCCUUUUGGCAGUCCUGGAAGGGACUUGGAGAAUGGCUUUGUUACUGCACAUAUGAGAUUAUCCGCCUAUGACAAAGUUUGGAAGGCCAAUGAGAAUACAUGGUCUCCUAAGCAAGAGAAAAAUGCCAGCCCUCUCAGUCAUGUAGCACCCAACUUAGAGAGUCUGCCAUCUGUUUCUGACAGCAACCCUGAUUAUAAAGUACAGCCUCCUAACUCAAUACCAAGUAACUCAGAUAAUCUGGUUCAUGAUAAUGAAGUAGAAGAAACCCAUCCUACCAUCGUAGAUGAGAUGAAUCCUGAAGGUGAUAUAGAGAUUGAAAAAGAAAUUGAAAUUGUAGCUCAGGAAGAAGAAAUUAUCGUGGAUGUUCCCUCUGAACCAAGUGGCUCUUCAAUUGCCAGAGAUGACGAAACCAGUGACAUGCCUGAAAUUUCUGAUGAUAAAAGAUAUUUUGAAUGCUCAAGACAGGAAUCAAAUGACGAGAACCCAGUGCAAUCUUCUUCAUUAGCAUCCCCUUCCAGCUCUUCAACCACCAAGCAUUUUGAAGAUUUAGAAAGGGCUAUUGAUAUUGCAGAGCGGCCAAGCCCUGUUUCAGUUCUUGAGCCACUAUUCACAGAUGAUGACAUCAGCCCUGCAAAAACCAUUUCUCGACGAGUAGAGCUGCCAAUACAACCACUACAGAUCCAAUUUGAAGAUCAUGACCCUUCAGCCACAGAGCAAACUAAUAAUGCAAAAACUUGUACAGAAGACAAGGAAGUAAUAUUUGAUUUUGUAAAAUCAGUGAUGCAAGCCUACGGCUUCAAUUGGGAUGACAUCUGUGUGAAGUGGCUUUCUUCUGACCAACUUAUUGAGCCAUCAUUGUGUGAUGAGGUAGAGCUUUUCCCUAACCAGCUUUGCUAUGACCAGAAUCUCCUUUUUGACUGUAUUAAUGAAGUUCUAGUGGAGGUUUGUGGGCGUUGUUAUGGUUGCUUCCCUUGGGUGUCAUCUGUGAAACCUAGCAUAAGGCUAGUACCAGACAUGAAAACUGCUAUACAUGAGGUCUGGACAGGAGUUUAUUGGCAUCUCCUUCCGCUUCCAUUGCCUCAUACUUUGGAUCAAAUUGUCACAAAAGACAUGUCAAGAACUGGAACGUGGAUGGACCUUCGAUUUGAUACUGAGACCAUCGGUGUUGACAUGGGUGAAGCCAUUCUCCAAGAAUUGAUGGAAGAUACCAUAUUAAGCUAUGUAGAUGGUAGUCCCAAAAGUGAAAAUGCUUUAUUUUUGGCCGAGUCAAAUGAAAAAGAUAGCAUUUUGAACUUGUAAAACACAAUCUGGCUUAUUUGUCGAUGCCGAAAACCAACCCACCUUCUUGUUGAGGCAGUUGGAAAGCAAGUCAUAUAUGCGCAUCCAGAGAAGCAACAUUUCACCAAGAGAUCUUCUUAGCUUUCCUGGAGUAUCCUGGAUCCAAGAUGAAUUGGCUUUGCAACUUUGUCAACUGAAAUCAUGUAGGUAGCAUAGAAUCUGCCACAUCGGAAAACUAUGGCUCACUGGGAAUUCUGGGCAACAGUCAUCACAUGAAACAUCCUUAAUGGAUAGGGUUUGCAAAUGCUCCUUGCAAGAACUCGGGCGCUUCUCCAGAAAUGGAUUAUACAAAAUUGAUAAGUACCAUUUCUGAGAGUCAUUGUCCAUGUCAAGCACUGAGGCUGUAAUGUAGAGUUGUUCUUAUAAAUGUAGAUUCUUGUAGAGGGUUCGAGCUUUGUGUUAGUUGAGGGUGUUCUUGAUUUCAUUCAUUCUUAACUGUGUUGUCUUGUUCUCUUAUUUCCCUUUUUUUUUCCCCCUUUGUAUUUUCUGUUGUAUUUGCAAAGGUUAGAGCUCAACGAGUUGUGAGUUGUGAGUCUUGUGACUGACUGGUUGUAAUUACAAAGAAAAUAAAAAUUCAUGUUAGGUUUAUUA